GCGUACACUUGCUAUUUGCAACAUUUUAUGGCUGCUGCUGCUGCUGGAGGCGACCACUGCUAUGUACGAUGGGCGCAUUGUGGGUGGCGAACUGACGGAUAUACGCGAUUUUCCAUAUCAGGCAUCGAUACAGCUGCAUGGGCAGCAUAUUUGCGGCGGCGCCAUAAUCGGCGAUUACUUCAUAUUAACCGCUGCCCAUUGCUUCGAGGAGCCUUUUGAUGUGCUCGACUACAGCGUUCGGCUGGGCGCCAGCGAACAUGCAACUGGCGGCGAGCUGCUCAGUCUGCGUCAAAUCAUACGCCAUGGUGGCUAUAACACUCUAACGCACGAUAAUGACUUGGCGCUGCUGUUGCUCAAUGCUCGGCUUAAUUUCAGCAGCGCGCAGCUGCAGGCAGUGCCGCUGGCCAGCACUGAGGAUGUACUGACGCCUGCUACGCUGCUUUAUGUCAGCGGCUGGGGCUAUCAGAGCGAGCAGGGCGAGGAGGGCGUCUCGGCGGCGCUGCGCUUUGUCGAUGUUGCACUUGUUGACGCCACCGUCUGUCGUCAUGCCUAUCGCAAAGUGCUGCCCAUCACACAGCGCAUGCUCUGCGCCGCUAGUGCCGGCCAUGAUGCCUGCCAGGGCGACUCGGGUGGUCCUUUGGUGGGCUACCAGGCGCAGAGCACGCAAGGCAAGCUCUAUGGCAUUGUCUCCUGGGGCUUAGGCUGUGCUCAGGCCGACUUUCCGGGUGUCUACACAAGCGUGGCGGCAUUUAGAAAUUGGAUUGAUGCCCAGGUGGGCGCCUGGGGCUGGAAUACGCUGCUCAACAGCUGGAGCGCACUACAGCGCAGCACUGAGCGCUGA